UUUACCUUUCAAGAUCGCAAUAGUGACCUCAAGAUGUUUGGAUCUCAACGACUGCAAAGGCUUUCACUCAGUUGUGAAUUUACCUGCAAGCUGCCACCCCGUCAAGUGUUCGUGUGUGUAUAGUGAGCAGUCAUGUCGUUGCUCUCCCACGGGAGCGACACCAAGGUCGAGAAAGGUGAUCCAGGUAUCCCAGUACCUUCUCGACCAACUAGCAAGAAAUGGAGGAAAAUCAUACUAGCAACGGCGGGUACGGCACUUUGUGUCGGUAGUGCCUUCGCCAUGUACCAAGGAUGGAGCAAUUACUCGGAGAACGCUCGGAUUGCUGCGGAACGAGCUUCCAGGCCGAACGGCAUGUUCCUCGAGAGCCAAUACGCGUCGGAUGUUAGGCAUGAUCCGAGACUCCUGAGUAGUGGCGAAGAGAUCAUGCUCCGAGUCCGAGGUAAGGCCAACCUCUGUAUCGAUGACGGAGGAGGCUGGACGGCUGCGUCUUCCAAGUUUACCAACAAACCGUGCAACCCAAGCAGCCCCAACCAGAUUUUCAAGUACAACCCCGGUACGAAGGAGUUCGCCAGUGUGUACAAGACCGGCUUGUGCAUCGACGAUGGCGGUUCAUGGAACGCUGCAGGUACCAAGGCGCACUUGUGGUACUGUGACCCUAACAACCAGAACCAGUGGUUCGUCUUGGACCCCCUUACUAUGAUGUUGAGGAACCCGGUCAAGAUCAAUCUGUGCUUCGACGACGGAGGUGGCAUCACUGCCGAUUCGACCAAGUAUGUCAUGUGGUACUGCGACAACAACAAUCCAAACCAGCACUUUGAAGUGAUUUCUCGUGCUGCUAUGGCCGCGGAGAAAAAGCAAAAGGUUGGAACGACCAUGUACGACCUCAUGGUCUCCGGUAAGGAGAUCAUGUUCCGUGUUCGCGGUAAGAACAUGUGCGUCGACGACGGAGGAGCCUGGUUUGCCGCUACGACCAAGUUCGUCGACAUGCCGUGCAAUCCGAACAGUCCAAAUCAAGCGUUCAAGUACAAUAUCAAGACUGGAGAGUUCGAGAGUGCCUCCAAGCCCGGACUGUGUAUCGAUGAUGGAGGGUCAUGGAGUGCUGCUGGUACCAAGGCACAUUUAUGGUACUGCGAUAUCAACAACCAGAACCAGUGGUUCGACAUGGACGAAUCCACGUUGAUGCUGAAGAACCCGCUCAAAGACAAUCUUUGUCUUGACGAUGGGGGAGGCCAGACAGCGGGGGCGACGAGGUUUGUCAUGUGGUAUUGUGACAAUAACAAUCCGAACCAGCACUUUGAGGUCGUGUUGCGUGAAACUUUACUCGAGGAGAAGCAAAAGACUGGACGUACUCCGUACGACCUUCUGUUGGCCGAAGAAGAGAUCAUGUUCCGCGUCAAGGGCAAGAAUAAUCUGUGUAUUGAUGAUGGCGGUGGCUGGGGUGCUGCAAUGACCAAAUUUGUGGACAUGCCGUGCAAUCCGGACAGUCCGAACCAGGUCUUUAAGUACAGUGUGAGGAACCUCGAGUUCGAGAAUGUCAACAAACCUGGUUUUUGUAUUGACGACGGAGGAUCCUGGGAUGCUGGUGGCACUACUGCGCAUUUGUGGUACUGCGACGAGAACAACCAGAACCAGUGGUUUGUACUGGACGAAUCUACUUUAAUGCUGCGUAACCCGAUGAAAGAGUAUCUUUGCUUCGAUGACGGAGGUGGUACAACUCCUGCUGCCACUAAGUUCAUAAUGGGACGUUGCGAUGUUAGCAGUGCGAACCAGCGCUUCGAGAUCUUGUCCCGUUCACAGAUGCUCGAAGAGAAGAGGAAGAAGUUCGGCAUAACUCCAUACGAUAUCCUCGCGUCUGGACAAGACAUCAUGCUCCGUGUUCGUGGCAAGAAAAACUUGUGUGUUGACGACGGUGGAGGUUGGGGAGCUGCACAGACCAAAUUUGCUAACCAGCCUUGUGAUCCUGAUAGUCCGAAUCAAGUGUUCAGAUACAACAUCGGUACUCUCGGGUUCGAGAACGUCAACAAGCCUGGAUUCUGUAUUGACGAUGGUGGAUCAUGGGAUCCCGCAGGAACUACAGCACAUUUAUGGUACUGUGAUGCGAACAACCAGAACCAAUGGUUUGUACUGGAUGAAGAGACUUUGAUGCUGCACAAUCCGGUAAAGUGGAACUUGUGCUUCGACGAUGGAGGUGGUACGACGGCGGGUGCCUCGAAAUUCAUCAUGUGGCAUUGCAACAACGAAAGUCCAAACCAGCACUUCGAAAUAAUCCCUCGCGCUGCUAUGGCUGAGGAAAUCAGGAAGAAGAGGAUUGCUGCUGGUAUGGACGAUGAAUUAGACCUGCUCAACUCCGGUCAGAAGAUCAUGCUUCGUGUCCGUGGCAAGGACAAUCUCUGUGUGGACGAUGGUGGUGGUCGCUGGAAUGGCGCGACGAAGUUCAACGAUCAACCGUGCGAUGCGAGUAGUCUACACCAGGUCUUCACGUACGACGCCAAGACGCGCCAGUUCAGAAGUGUCAACAAACCGGGUCUCUGUAUCGACGACGGUGGUGCGUGGAAUGCUGCCGGAUCACAAGCUCAUCUGUGGGAUUGCGACCAAAACAACCAGAAUCAAUGGUUUGUGUAUGAUGAAGACACUAUGAUGCUUCGGAAUCCGGUCAAGGGCACUUUGUGUUUCGAUGACGGAGGCGGUAUGAAACCUGGUGAGACCAAGUAUAUCUUGUGGUUCUGUGACGAUAACAAUCCAAACCAGCACUUCGAGAUCCUAUCACACGCUAAAAUGUCAGAGGAGAGGAAGCAAAGAUUGAUCGCCGCUGGACUUGACGACGAAAUCGGUCUGCUUAGCUCCGCCCAACCGGUCAUGCUACGUGUUCGUGAUAAGAACAACCUGUGCGUUGACGACGGAGGUGGUCGAUGGAAUGGUGCCACAAAGUUCGUAAACCAGAAAUGCAACCCAAGAAGCGAGAACCAGCUUUUCACCUACGACAUCAACACCCGCCAGUUCAGAAGCGUCAAUAAACCGGGUUUGUGCAUGGACGACGGUGGAGGCUGGAAUGCAGGAGAAACCCAAGCUCACUUGUGGGACUGUGAUCCGAACAACCAGAAUCAGUGGUUUGUGUGGGAUGAAAACUCCAUGACGCUCCGUAAUCCAGCAAAGAGGAACUUGUGCUUCGAUGACGGCGGUGGUAUGGCAGCGGGUGCUACUAGAUACAUGCUAUUGCCUUGUGAUAGUAACAGUCCCAACCAACACUUGGAAGUCGUCUCUCCUGAACGAAUCAUGGAGGAGAAGAAGAAGAUGCAGAUUGCGGCAGGGACCACUGCGCUUGACAUUCUCGCCACUGGACAGGAGAUCAUGCUUCGUGUUCGUGACUGGAACCUGUUGGCGCCGUCCAACAACACGAUCGAUCUCGUCAACUCUGACAACUCGUCUGCCAUCUCCGCGGCUGAAAUCUUCAAUUACUUGCAGACGCUCAAAGAUCGCGCCGACAUGCAGCACCAAGUCAUGAUGUAUCGCUACAAACGCACGUACCAGUGUGCGAGUGCAGGUCUGCAGACGUUGGCGAAGGACGCAGUGACGGAAGACGAGUACCAUGUAUUGGUGCAGUGGAUGUACGACCACUGCGCGGCUGGAGCGACCGACGUGAUCCCUAAUGCAAACCCGUCGCCUCCACUCACCGACGACGUCCUCAAAUCGGAGGAUGUGGCUCCUCUGGUCGAUGACACGGACGUGAAGCGUCAAUUCAUGACGAAGCUGGACUUUUACUAUGAGAUCAAGAACCACUACGCUCAGAAGAACGCCGAUAUUAUGGGUCAAGCAGCAGUGGCGAAUCUGAGAGCAGAGGAGACGGAGACUUUGGAGAAGAAGCUGGUGGACUGCAUCGAAGAGGCUGCUGAGCGCUACGGAUACAACAAGGACGGCAAAGCGGACGAUUCAGCGGAUCACUUGAAGGAAGCCAUCACUUGGGUUGACGCCACAUGCAUGGCCUCGUAGUUCAUGAGGUAUCGGGACG